CGACAGGUAGCAUCGCGGUCGUGGCAGCGACCACAUUGCUCGCUGCCUCUCGUCCUCGCAGCGGCGACUACAUGGAGGUCGAGUCCUCGAUGAUGGCGCCGCCUGUCCCGGCAAGCUGAGCGGUCAAAAUCAGUUGGCCAGUAUGCAGCGGUUCCAAGCCGUGGUGGCGACCUUCGCCGCGUCCAGCCCGUCCGCGGCCGACGACGUAGUGCGACCGCCCGCCAUCGUCGGACCUUCCAUCGUCGUCACGUUCCACGAGCUGCAUGAGCUCGUCACCGACGUCGCCAGCGCGCUGGCCACCGCGGCCCUUCCGGUCGUCGCCCUCGCGCUGCCGUUGGGUGUGCCGCAAAUCGCAGUCCUGUACGGCGCUACGAUCACGCCUUCGACGCUCUUUGUACCAAUCGAUGAGAUGCAGUCCAUCGUUCGGAAUCGCAGCCUCUUGCGGGACGCUGCGGCCACGGGACUCGUGUGCACACCGACGUCGCCGCUGCUCGCUGCGCUUCGCUCUGAAUUGGGCGGCGCCGUGGCCGUGCGGCUUUUGACCCACGCCCUCGGCGACGAUAUCGUGCUUGCGACGUGGCCGUCCGCCGACAUGGCGCCGACCUGGGCAUGCGACCCCGAUGCCAUGUACGUCCUGUACACCUCGGGCAGCACCGGGCGCCCGAAAGGCGUCAUCGGCUCGUACGCUGCCACGUGGCAUCGACUCGAUUGGAUGUGGGCGACAUUGCCGUUCGGACUGGGCGAACGCGUCCUGCGGCACACAACACUCACGUUCGUCGACGCCAUCGCCGAGGUGUUUGGCACGCUCUGCGCUGGCGCGACGCUCGUCCUGCCCUCGUCGACGUCGGUAUCCUUUGCGCCGCCGGUGGUGGCCGACCUCGCUGGCUUUGCCCUCUCACUACGUCGCUUUUCUGUGACUCGAAUGACGCUCGUGCCGAGCGUGCUGCAACUCCUCUUGCAAAUGAACCUGCUACCGCCCUCUCUGCGCUGCGUGGCCGUGAGCGGCGAGCCACUGCACGCAGAUCUGGUCGCGACGCUCUUUGCUACACUGCCAUCGGUGCAGCUAUUGCAUCUCUACGGCAGCACCGAGGUCGCGGGCGAUGCGACGUUUUGGCUCACAACAACGGCGGCGGCACCCGUGCCUGUGGGCACCGCCAUCGGCGCGACCAAGCUACGGCUCGUCGAUGCCUCCGGUGUUGAGAUCACAAGCGACAAGACACGUGGUGAACUCUACAUCGGUGGCCCGCCGCUCGCGCGAGGCUACGUCAACAUGUCGGACAACGAGGCCCACCGCUUUUGCACUUUGCACGGCGAGCGCUGGUUCAAGACGGGCGACGUCGCGUACUUUGCUGAAGGUCUUUUGUACCUCUGUGGUCGCAACGACGGGUAUGUCAAAGUGAGUGGUGUGCAGGUGCACGUACCCGCGAUCGAGUCCUCAGCGCGAAUGUACCUCGGACGACACCACCGGCGAUGGAAGGUCGCCAUCGCUCCGGUCGCUUCCUCAGAAAGCUGGCAUCAGCUCGACACCGUCGUGCUCUGUGUCGGCAUCGACGACGAAGCUGUCGAUACCGAUGCGCUGCGCCACGCUGUCGAGAGAGCGCACCCACGAGUGGCCAUGCACGUACUGAGAGUCCCCUAUGCGCAGUUUCCAGAGACGUCGAGUGGCAAGGCCGAUCCGUCUCAGAUCCCAGCGCUGUUUGCGCAGCGGUCAUUGCCGUCGUGGCUGCGCGCGCUGCUGCCAACGGGUGGCCUCGCUUCCACCGGUUAUACGCCCAGCCUAGUGGACCCGUCACUGACGUUGACCGAGCUCGGCCUCAACUCGAUGGCUAUGGCCAUCGUCCUCCACACACUCCAAACGCAGCACGAGACGACGCUGCGUCCGGUCGAGCUGGCCGACAUGACUGUCGCCGCACUGCAGUUGCUCGUGCAGCGCAAGCGACGUCGUGUCGUGUCGCCCGACGCAUCAGCGAUGAAGCGGGCGCGCGUGACGCUGCGGACCGACGCCGUGCGAUGGCAAGUGCCCGUCCGCAAGUGUAUUGACGCGUCACCGCGCCUCGCUAUGACGUCCACGGGCGAGUACAUCGUUGUGGGGUCCCAUGACCACACCGUCCUCUGCACCACCGCCGACGGUCAAGUCGUUUGGCGCAAAGAGCUACCCGAUCGUGUCGAGUCGAGCGCGGCCAUGACAGCCGAUCGGCUGGUCGUCGGCUGCUACGACGGCGGCGUCUACUGCCUCGAGAUCCUCACCGGCAGCACGUUGUGGGUUUAUUUCACGCAGGACCAAGUCAAGUGCUCGCCGGUCGUCGUCGAAGAGGAGAACGCGGUCGUUGUCGGCUCCCACGACCACCAUGUCUAUGGCCUCGCACUCGACUCGGGCGCGUGUUUGUUUAAGUUGCCAUUCACCAAGAGUGUCUUUUCCAGCCCGGUGUACGCUGCCAAGGUGCUCUACUGCGCGUCUCUGGCCGGCGAGGUCCGCGCCUACGCAUGGCCGUCACUGCGUAUGCAUGAGGCGCCCACGCCGCUGUGGCAACAUACGUGCACCGCCCCUGUAUUUUGCAGCUUGCGCCUCGGUCGGUACCACGAUCUGCUGCUUGUGGGGUGCGCCGACGCGUCUCUCUACGCGCUCUCGACGACCACAGGGACGCCUUUGUGGUCAUAUGCGACGACCAAACCCAUCUUCAGCGCCCCAAGCGUUGCGACGAUGAGCGAUGGAAGCGAAGCGGCUGUCUUUGGCUCCCACGAUGGUGUCGUGCGCUGUGUCUCGAUGGUCGACGGUACUUGCAUUGCAUCGGUCGACCUCGGAUGCGCCGUUUACGCAUCACCCGCGACCCUGCCCGACCGAACGACGCUGAUGGCGUGUGUCUGCACGACCAACGGCCAUGUCUACCUCUGGGAACCCGUGGUGUCAUCGCGUGCGACACUGCUCUUCCAUGGCGCUGGCGACAUCUUCUCGUCGCCCCUAGCUCUCAAAGACGGCUGCAUAGUCGUCGGUACGCGCGGCGACGUGCUGCUCGCGUUAUCUCUGCCCGACAAUCCGCAUCGCAACGAAUAAGAAACACUAUGGAUCGUCAAAAACAGACAAGUUGUCUUUU